AUGUUAGGCAAUGUUUGCAAAAAAUUUGUUUCUCGGUUUAUUGAUGAACAUGGUAAUGCAGACAGAGAAAUAUUGUCAGUUGUCAUUGAAGAAGAUGAAAAAGAUAGAGAAAGGAGCUUAGAUAUUCUGAAUUAG